CAGCAUCAAUGAGAUUGGUAAUAGCGAGCUGUGUAAGUGAGCGGAGGGCGUGUGUAGGGGAUCCACACACAAACACACACACACACACACUUGUGUGUGUGUGUGAUAGCGGCAUGGCCCCGGUCUGUGUCUUUGUAGCCGGUAAAGGGAAGGCGUGGUGAGUGUCUGCUCGCAGAUGAACUGAUGAGGGAAUGAGGCAGAUGUGCGGCGAAACACCCGACCGCGAGCGUGUGAACUGAACAGGAACGCCCUGAUAAACAGAGAUGACCGAGGGACGGCUCUGCCAGGUGCAGCUCCUGGACGACAGGAAGCUGGAGCUCUUGGUUCAGCCAAAGCUGUUGUCUCAUGAACUGAUGGAUUUGGUCUCGUCCCAUUUUAACCUGAAAGAGAAGGAAUACUUUGGGUUCACCUAUCUGGAUGACACUGGUCAGUGCAAAUGGCUGCAGCUGGACCGCAGAGUGCUGGAACACGACUUCUCCAAGAAAUCCGGGCCAAUUGCGCUUCAUUUCCUGGUGAGGUUCUAUAUUGAGACCAUUUCACUUCUGAAGGAGCACACAACUGUGGAGUUAUUCUUUCUUAAUGCCAAGUCAGCCAUCUAUAAUGGUGACAUUGAGGUGGAGAGUGAGCUGGUUUUUAAAUUAGCUGCUCAUGCACUGCAGGAAUCUAAAGGAGAUUAUACAAGUGAUGAAAACACCAGAGCAGAUCUGAAGAAGCUUCCAGCACUGCCCACUAAAGUCCUGAAGGAGCAUCCGUCUCUAGCAUACUGCGAGGAGCGUGUGAUUGAACACUACAAGCUGUUGAAAGGGCUCUCCAGAGGACAGGCCAUUGUGCAGUAUUUGACCCUGGUGGAGUCACUGCCCACAUAUGGAGUGCAUUAUUAUGAAGUGAAGGAUAAACAAGGACUUCCAUGGUGGCUGGGCAUCAGCUAUAAAGGCAUAGGACAGUAUGACCACCAAGAUAAAGUAAAACCUCGAAAGCUCUUCCAGUGGAAGCAGUUGGAGAACUUAUACUUCAGAGAGAAGAAGUUUGCUGUGGAGGUCAAUGACCCUCACAGGCGAACAGUGACUAAACGCACAUUUGGCCAGACGGGGCUGGUGAUCCACACUUGGUAUGCCAGUCACUCAUUGAUCAAAACCAUCUGGGUCAUGGCCAUCAGCCAACAUCAGUUCUACCUGAACAGGAAACAGAGCAAGGCUAAAAUCACCACAGCCAGGAGUUUAGGAGACAUCGCGGCUGACCUGACAGAGAACGGAGCAUCAAAGAUGAACAAACUGAGCGCCGGAGUCAAAAAUCAGCUCAUCAUGGCCAGUAACGGGAGUUUGGUUUCAACAGGUUCGGCUGACUCUGAAAUGAACGACGACCAGAAAAAAGAGAAACUUGCGGAGCUGAGAAAGAGAGAGAGCGAGAUCCAGGAUAUACUUAGCCAAAAACUGACAGAGCUGAAGGAAAUAUGCCUGCGGGAGGCUAAACUCACUGGCAAACUCCCAAAAGAGUAUCCCCUCAUCAAAGGUGAAACCCCUCCUCAUGUUCGGAGGAGAGUCGGGACGGCCUUCAAAUUGGAUGACCUUUUCCCAUAUAAUGAGGACCCGUACCUCAGAAAUUUGGAGAGCCGCUUUGCAUUGCAGCAGAAAAUCGUGGAGGCGGCCAAGAAACUCGCUGCUGAGCCUGACAUCUCUAAACUAGUGAGGAAAAAAAGGAGGAGGAACUGUCUGGACGCCAUGCAAAAGCUGCAGGAGAUCGAAGAUGAAAUGAACCGAUACAGACUGAAGAAAGGGCAGAAACCCACACAGAGAGCUUCUGUGAUCAUAGCCGAUGAACUGGCUCAGUCUGAGUGCAGCUCCCUGUGUGAAAGUCUUCCUCUAGAUGACGAUGAUGGCCAGAGGCCGCGUUCCCGCUCGGUCCAGUGCUCCCCGUGUCUCAGUCCUCCUCUGUCAUCAUCCGGCCUGGAAUACAACACAGAGAGACGAUCCUCAUCCAGCGACACACACCACGACAGAGAUCUUAACAGAUUAGAUCAUCAGGUCCAAGGCCCAGAACAUUAUUACAUCCCCCGAGAGGUGUUCUCUGCCCAAAGCAGUCCAUGUAAAACAUUACCCAGAAUGCCAAAGGAUCCCCGCAGCUUACCACAAACCCCCGUCAUGCCCCGUAGCGCUUACAGCAACAGCCAACUCAGGUCAGAAGGUCACAUACAUGGUUUCCGGCACCGCAGUGGCAGUUUGGAGUCCCAGUCACAACUUCUCCACUCUAAAUGUGCAAACAAGUCGGCCUUCCCGCUGUCUCCAUCCCGCCGUAGCAACAGCACUGAGGUACUGGAUGACUGCUCGUCCUAUACCAGCAUGUCCAGCAUGGACUACAGUCUCCCCUGCUCGGCCACUCCUCCCCGCCGCAUGCUGGACUCUCAGUCCCAUGACUACCGGCUCCACCGCAAAGUGGAGAUCUACGGCAAUACAGGCAGCAUGCCCAACUUAGUCCCUCAAAGUUCCAGCUGUUAUGGCUACCAGCAGAAUCAUUAUGGCCCCACUGCGUACUAUGUGACUGGGUAUCCCGGCUUCGAAUAUGAGCCUUGUUCCAAUGGAGCGUACGUCUAUGAGAGCGAACUAGAGGGUCACUAUAACAUCAACCCCACUUACCCAGCACAUGGGUACCAGAGUCGUAGUCGGAAUAGGCAUUAUGGAAUAGAGGGCUCGGAUAAUUUGUCACAAAACCCAUACGCCACUGUGAGGCCCCCUAGGGGAAGACAGGGACCCUUGAAUGAAGUGACCAAGAACAUGUACAAAGCUUUGGUGGCGGAGCAUUUAAAGGGAUGGUAUAAUCGCAGUGCUGGGCACAGGGACCCAGGUACAUAUCAGCUGGUGUACACCUACAAAUAUGACCGAGGUUCCCAGCACAGCUUGGGUUACCAGACACUGCCCGCACCCUUCAGCCACUCCAGCCGAACCAACUCUUUCUCCUCAGUGUCGUCUACUGCCAGUGGAGGGGGAAACUGGCAGAAUCAUUUAGCCAUGGGUCUGACUGAUGGUGAACUGCCAGACGGUCCCUUGAGCGCUGGGGCUUACAGUCCUUCAUACAGUCGCAGUCCUACACACAACAGGUUCCCAUCAGAAAGUGCCGCCUCUCACACAUCAGAGCCAAUAGAGGUGUUCGGUGCCAUGGCCAGCUGUUCUGACGCAGACCACUGAAGAGCACACAAGGACAGGGCGUCUUUCACUGAUAUGAUUUGAUUCUGUACACGUCAGAGACUUGCACUGACAGUACUGAUUUAAAAGCUCUUGUUAUGCUCUCUCAAAUCCUCGAGCUUUACUUCUAAACCAGUGAAAGAAACAAUGAAAGAAAUGUUCGAUUUUUACAAGAUGACCUCAACGUCUAGGAAGGGAACGAUCCACAAACGAAGUGUCUUUUUGGAAUAGCUGAUUCCACAGGUCAGUCCCGUCACAGAGCACAUGCUGAUACCACAGAAACACAACUGCUGUAUUGAGGACCAAACCAGAUACCGGCACAACAGAAAGUAGAAGAAAACAGAAGCACCUUACGGACAGAUGUGGAUAACAUGGACCUGAUUCUCUUGUGCCUCAGAAUGGGAUGUGUUCCUGAGAAAAGCUGUGGCCAUGUCUAGCUGAAUAAAUGACACGUUAAAUCCCCAGAACUGUCAGAGCAUCAGUGUUCAUUAGAAAAUAAAUCAACCAAACGAGAUGUGCAUACUUAAAGUGAAUGUCAUUUCACACAGUAGUUUCUGAGAGAGUGAAGAAACUAGCCAUAUCACAUGACCUUUUGGACCUUUUUUUUUUUUUUUUACAUUGUCAGUGAUAGAUUUGAACAUUAAUAUUGAAAUCUAAAAACACUGCAAGAACAAAAAUAAUGUAAAUAUUAUUAUGACUGAGUGGCUGUUUUUUCCCCCACCAUUUAAUUUUUUUAUUUAUUGAGCUGUCCGUGCUUGUAGAAGUGCAUAUAUGCACUCUGAUUGUGUACCAUUACAUGACCAGUGAGUGAUUUGCUUGGUUGAUACUGUAGAUAUUUUGUCCUGCACAAAUCCUGUUAGAACAGCACUUGAUUGAAGUUAAGCUUCGCAAGACUGCCGAUACAAGACCCUGGAAAAACCAGGCGUCAGUUGUUCUGCUCUUUAAAAAAAAAAAGAAUACUGUAAGAAUGUCAAUGUUCUUAAAGGAAUGUUUCGGUUCAGCACAGGUUGAGCUGUGGAACGGCAUCUGAAGAAUGCUGUCGAUUAGUACAUCAUUUGCUCUUUCCUCAGUGUGUGUCAGUGCUCUGCGUGUCCAAACACACACACAUGUACAGAACUGCACUUACAAAGGACGUCUAGGUAAGAUGUUACAGAGAAUGUGUAAAGUUGCACUUAUUUAAUUUUUGUUCUUACAAAUUUGUGCUAUUUGAGCUGUAAAACUGUAAUAAAAUAUAAAUAUUACAUUUUAAA